AUGGUUGUUCUGGGCCUGGUGGGGCCGCUGCAGAGCGGCAAGCGUUCCGUGGCGAAGAUUCUCGAAGAAGACUUUAGCUUCAAGAUCCUUUACUUGUCUUGCGUGCCGCCUGUCUCGUCUGCCUCCGGCGUGUUUCCUGCUUCUUGUCCUCUCCGCUCCGCACAGCACCCGCCCUGCCUCUUCGAUUCCGUCUCUCCUUCUCCCAGAGAAGGCGGACGGAUCCCCGCCGAGGAGAAGAGACGUCCGAGUCACCUGCUGUCUCCGUCUGCCUCCAAUGGACGAAGCUCUUCUCCACCGGAUGUACGCACACCUCGGCUUCCCCACACCCAGCUCCUGGUCUCUUCGAGCCGCGGAGCUUCUGAGUCUUCUGGAGGCGAGGUGACCAGCUCAGACGCAGACCGAGUCUCUGAAGAAGAGAGAAAAACGUUUUAUCCAGCUGGAUCCUGUGGGGCCAACGGCUGCUCUCACCAGGUUCUCAGCGUCUCGGCAACCAGGGAUCGACCUUUUCCGCGCACUGUGGACGCUCCAGAGUCUCUCGCCUGUGUGAGCGAAGAGAAGAGAUACGACAGUGCUCGUCAAGAGGGCAAGGCGGCUGAAGCGUCUACUGCCCGGCCUCCGGAGUCCAGGGCGAGUUCCGGUUCUCAGUCUCCAGACGCUUCUUUUUUGUCCUUCUCCGACCCAGAACAAAUCGUUGAUUUUGUCACGAGCCGGUGGCGAGAGAACUUCGUGGUCCUGGGCAUUUCCCGACUGGAGGAAGUGAGAGUGCUGCGGAAGCGGCCGUUCUUCGCCCUGGUCGCCGUCGACGCGCCGCUGGGCGUGCGACUCGCUCGGAUGCGAGCGAAAGCGGGAUUGGCGUUCUCGAUGGAAGAAAUGAUUGCUCGAGAAGACCAGCUCUGCUUUCGGCCCAGCCAGUCUGGCGCCAAUUCCCCUGCGGCCGCCGGCGUGGAUGGCGUUCGAGUCUGCAUGGCUGUCGCGGAUGUUCACUUGAUGGCCGACGGAUGCAGCAGUCUUCUCCGCCAGAAAAUCGCGUCUGCUGGAUUUCUUUGUGAAGAGCUCGUUCGACCUUCCUGGGAUACAUAUUUUAUGCGUCUUACCUUUUUGGCCUCUACGCGGUCAAACUGCAUGAAACGCCGGGUCGGAGCGAUCGUUGCGCGAGGCAAUCGGGUAAUCGCUACUGGGUACAACGGCACUCCCUCGCAAGCAGCGAACUGUAACGCAGGCGGCUGUGCAAGGUGCAACGACCCGAGUGUGUCUCAGGGGAGAGCCCUCGAGGCUUGCGAGUGUAUCCAUGCAGAGGCGAACGCUCUGUUGGAGGCAGGUCGAGACCGCGCGAUGAACGGCACGCUCUACGUCACCUGCCUGCCGUGUCUGGGGUGCGCUAAGCUCGUCGUUCAGUCCGCAAUUCGAACGGUGGUGUAUGCGGAAGAGUACGACGAUAAAAGUGGCGCUCUUGACCUUCUCACCCGGAUGGGGGUCAGCGUGAGACGGUUCGCGGACGACCACCCGGGAGUGCCCGGCAUGACCGUCGCCGUGAAGAGCUUUUAA